GCUAUAGUACUUACCAUUCUCGAUAUUUGUAAAUAUGCAUGAGACCUGUGCAAUGAUUUCAACAUGCCAAGCCACCCCCAAUUUCAUCCGUCCGCCGUCGUCACCGACUCACCGCCCGCAGUCUGCCACCUUGCUCUUGUCGUGUACACUUGGAUUUCUUGCUUGCUUUGUUGUUUGCCAAUUCUUGUUUGCGGGAGAAGGAGUUUUGUCGGAACACAUGGAUCGUAAGCGAAAGGCAGACGACAUGGCCACUGAGGAAACAGGAGGGAAAAACUUCAAAAGGACAGCAACGGACUCCCCUCCCAUGUCACGCUCACCUCACAACAAGCGCUAUCCGAUGGACGCUGUCAUCACAAUCGGAAAUGUGGUGCUGAAGGGAUACCACCACUUCCAGCGUAAGCCACUGCCCGGGUUGGAUAUGGAUGUUGUCAGGGAGUACGACAACCCGUACGACAGGAAUGCCUACAUCGUGCGGAUGCCCCAGCUCGGCAACAUCCCUGCCGACAUGCGGGACGUGGUGACAGACGCCAGACGCGGCACGACUGUCAGGUCCAUCGCCGGACAAGACGUCGGGAGGCUGCCGGCAGGUCUGGCGAAAGUCCUCGCCGAGUUGGACAGGGAUGGCGUCUUGUGUGGACCCACAUGCUGUGCGGCAACUGCACCUCCGUGCCAGUCGUUCCCGCCCUGGCCUGUUCCACAUUCCCGCGGUGGGGGCGCCGUCAUUCCAGCGGACGUGUACCUCGUGGUGGACGCUCGGGACAAGGAUGACAUCGUGGGGCAGUUGAGGGAGGCCAUUGACCGCCACAUGAGCGCGGUCAAGACCGUCAUCACGAUCCGCUAAACACGCUAUUUAUCAUGUUUAUGUGAUCAAUAAAGAACGCGUUGUAAGAAAUUUGCGUCUCAAGUUUAUCAUGCUGUUCUUCUUUAUUCAGGUACCGUUACAUUCCAUAGACAGUUUACGUCCUUAUCGCCGUAUGUCAGAUAGAAACACACAUCUUAAAACUUAUAUUUUAAACAGGUCAGCGCAAUCAAUGAAACACGAUGUGCUAAAGACAAACGUAAACAGAUUUCUCAUCGUGCCAUGCCAGCACUUCCUGGUUUUCGGCCGCCAUCUUGGCCGCCAUCUUGGUUUGGGGUCAAACUCGGGGGGUCAUGAAAAGUGCGCAUGCGCGUAAAUGACGCCAUGACCCGGAGCUCACGCUGAUUGGCUGAAGAAAGGUUACUAAAACUGGUUACCUUUCC